UGGCAGUGCAGGGUCAGGGGGUGGCCGUUUAUAAGCAGCCUCCACGCACCCUGCUUGUGCGUACUCCCUGGGAGUGCGCACCACCGCGAUCUGGUGUCUGCUGUGUCCUCCGGACACAGUGAAACACCAAUCGUCGGACGGGACCUCUGUGCGAGGUCCCGAUCAUGUGAUCACUGAUUAGCCAAUCAGUGAUCACAUGCAGAGUAGUAAGCAAGAUGUCACUUGUGAUAUCAUUGCUUACUACGUGUGAAAUCUGUGAAUGAUCACAGCUUGUAACAUGGUACAAGGCUGU